GUCGCUCACUCGUGUUCUUCGAAAAGCGGCGCUGCCAAAAAGCAAAGAACAAACGAUGGGUCGCUGGCUGCUCUGCGGUACGCUCACGUCGCUCUUUGGCGCGGUCUUUCUCAGUCUUCUCGGGUGCAUCCUCUCCAUCCAACCCGACUUUGUACACGGUCUCAAGCGUUCUGUAUCCCCGACUGCCCACGCCGCCAACUGCUGGGUCGGUGCGAUGGCGUAUGCCACGUCACUCGUCGUCUGCGUCGGGCUCUCGUGCUGGGAGCGGCGCCGGCAAGUGCUUGAUAACGACGCCAAGCUCAACCCCGUGUACGAGCUCAAGACCCUCCAGCGAUCGCUGGAUUCUUGGGAAGACCUCGGGACGCCGCCCCGAUUCGUAGAGGACGAUCAAACCCUCAUGUAAGUCGACGUGGUAAAGAUAAUGUAUCUGUGCACCAAUAAAUACACUUGUCCGUCCGCGAUAACACGGUAUUUCCCGCCUUUGUUGCACGAGAACUACUGUAUGUCCAGCGACCAUA